CGGCGGGGGGGAGUGAAUAUUGCAGGCAUGCUUUCUCAUUGAAGAAAUUUGGGGUCUUGCCCCCCACCCCGCGCAAGCCAGCUUGGGCUCUUUCUACGUCUGCAGGGAGGCAGCAUAAGAAGGGACUGGAGGCAGCUGCCAGGGGAAAAACUUCUGUGGCGGCGGCAGCAGGAGCAGCAGCAGCAGGCGAGCCAGCCAGCGGCGCUUCGCGGGGUCGCCUUACGGGGGACUGGGAGCUCGCUCGUCCACCCACUUGCAAGUCGAUACCCGGCGCUGACUCUGCCGCCGCCGCGGCCACCCCACGGACACCUUCGGCGCCUAUAUAAAGCUCGCCCAUGGAGUAGGCGGUGGAGACGGGACAGCGUGCGCGCUACGGAACUGACACCGCGCAGGGCAACCGGCGAGGCGGGCUCUCCGCGGCGGCGGCACAGGGGAAGCGUCCGAGGCAAGCGGAGCCAGGGAGUCAGCUAGGAACGUGGCUCCAUUUCCUCGCUCUCGCAGUGCGAUGUGCAGGCUCCUAAGGUCUCCUGCGCUGUUGGGACUGGUGUUGGUGAUGCUUUCAGCGGGACACUGCAAAGAGAGACUGGAGUCCAGUGCAGGGCUGAAGGAAAGACAAAACCUCCUAAACCUGAUCAUGGAGAUCAUUCAAGAGCUGAGAAAGUAUCACCUGGAGGAAGAGGAGGAGAAGGGAGCUCAGUACAAACAAGACUAUCUGCUGGACCGGAGGGAAGUCACUGACUAUGGAGCAUACUCAGACGAACAGAGAGUUGAAAUAGUUCCUAGAGAUCUAAGAAUGAAAGACAAGUUUUUAAAGCAUUUAACAGGUCCACUUUAUUUUGGUCCAAAAUGCACUAAACACUUUCACAGACUUUACCACAAUACAAGAGACUGCACCAUUCCUGCAUACUAUAAAAGAUGUGCCAGGCUUCUUACUCGGCUAGCAGUAAGUCCAAUGUGCAUGGAAGGAUAAGGUAAGCUUUUGAUGUUACCGCUAUCAAAGAAAAAAAUAACUAUCACGAAUCAAGAAAAGUGCCUUGGAAACUAACAGGGAAAUCAAAUACCAUCUUUGUAACAUAUUCCAUUGUGAACAAGAGAUUUAUUUUUGCAAGUUGAUGGACUAAUUCCCAUAAUUCUUUAAACAUGUUUUUUGUAUACUUGUCACUGCUGUUUACAGAUACAUUCUUUGUGGUAGAAAAGCUACCCCUAGAAGAACUUCAGCGUUACUUUUAGCUGCCCUACACCAGAAAUGUUGCAUUGCCAAAGAUCUAGUAGUAUCACCCUUUUCAAGUACACAAACAUUCCACAUUCUAAUACUUUGUGGGAUAUUGGUCAAGGAGAAGAUACUGGACCUUUCAUGCUUACGCAAUUUCAAAAUGUUUGGUUACAACCUUAUUCAUGAAUCCAUAUGUAAAAGUCAAAUCAGACUCCUAAAGUACAAAUUGCAUGCCAUGUGC